UACAUGUUGGUCCGUACAGAUGAAAGCUCUUUCUGGGUUCCUAAUAAUUGUCUAGGCUUAUACAGAAAAGUGGUCCAUAUAAUGAAGUACCCUGAAAUAAUAUACAGCUAGUUUCAAUCACCAACAAGCCCUGUGAAGAAGCUAAAUACACAAAUACUGCACAUAUGUUUGUGUACUAAGUACUAACUACAUAUUUCGGGAGAAGUAGAUGAUGAAAAGUUGGGAGGAAAUAGCCAGUGUGUAAUUAGUACUCCAUUGAGAAAGAAAGCUAGGUAGGCAAAUGAAGAGGUGCGAAGAAUGUGGAAAUCAGGCAAAAAAAGAUUGUACAUACAUGAGAUGCAGGAGUUGCUGUAGAAACCGAGGUUUCGAGUGCCAGACUCAUGUGAAGAGCACUUGGGUCCCUGUCUCCACAAGGCGUCCAAGGCCACUGCUUCAUCCCCUCAUCUCCACUUGUACUAGUGCUACUGCUCACCACCACCCUUUUCAAAACCCUAAAAGACUUAGACACCAUCAUGCUUCUUCUUCAUCUCAUCAUCCUCUAGGUACAUCUUCCCAUAACAUAUACUCCCUCCGUCUCAUUCAAUUAAAAUCCGUGCGGCGUCCCCUUCCCCCCAAUGUGUAUACUAUUGGUCGGGACGGAGGGAGUGGCACACAAUAUAUGUACUUGUUGUGUGAUGUGAUUUUAGGGUAUGAAGGGGGAGAUUUUCCAGCUGAGGUGAGUAUUCCGGCAACUUUUCGAUGCGUUCGAGUGAGCUGUGAUGAGAAUGCAGUGGAUGAGUAUGCAUACCAGACAUCAGUGAACAUUCAAGGCCAUGUCUUCAAAGGCAUUCUCUAUGACCAAGGCCCAGCUGCUCAGGAGACCUCCACUUCAUCAUUUCAACACCCUAAUCUCUUCACUACUACUUCUACUUAUCCAUUUAAUGUUGGUACACAAUUCUUCCCCUACCCAAAAUCUUAGGAUCAGAAACAAUUGAAUAAUAACAUGAAAUUUCCUCUCUAGCUAGUUUCUUUCUUUUGUGCUCUCUCUUGUGAUUCAUGUAACAUCAUUUCAAGUGAAAUUGAACUCGAAAGCAAGAGAAAGUAGGGUGAAAGUAAGAGAGCGAGAGCACUAAUUAGUUGUUUUAAUCACACUUUAACGAAGAAUGAUCUGAGUUUGUCUGUGAUUUUAAAUUGUUUUGUGUGGCAAGUUUUGUCUUGUAGCUCCCAACUUUAUUCAUGUUAUCAGCUUUUAACUUGACAUAAUGUUGUUGUUUACUGCUUGUUAUCAUGUUAUCAGCUCCAUAA